CAUCUCUCUUCAUGGCGCCAAGCCACUUGUCCCUCUCUCUCUCUCGAUCUGUCUUCUUCGCUUCCGUGAUCUGAAAAUUAUAUGAAUCGGCCAUUUUUCUCGAGCGACGAAGCUCGCUCUGCUCCCAUCACCCGAACAUAAACAAUUGCGUGCAUAUUCGGAUAUCGCCAUUCCGGUCGGAUUGAGUUAACAUUUCGAUGGAGUCCUUCAAGAAAUCCUUCAAAUCUCAGACCUCCUACAACUCCAGGCACGGCCACCGUCUCUCCUCCGGUGGAGGCGGCACCGGCCCCUCCAACACUGCGGCCGCCACCUCCCACGAGGAGCUCCCCAUCCUCUCCGACAUCCAUCUCCAUGCCGACAGCCCCGAUCCCCCAUCAUGCUCCCCCGCCGACAUCACCACCCGUCGCAGCGCCCCUGCUGCCGGCACUGGUGCUGGCAGUAAGGUAACGAGGGACUCAAGCGUCGAGUUCUGGAGAGCCAGUGGUGGGGAGGCAGGGCCUCCCAAUGCCCUGCAGGACCCGCCCUCGAGGCUGAUCGGGCAGUUCCUGCAGAAGCAGAGCCACAACGGAGGGGAGGUGGCUCUCGACAUGGACCUCGAGAUGGACGAGCUGAGUAAUGUAAGGUUGCCUCCCUCAGCAGGGUCCACUGGCAAGUCGGGCCCGAUCUGCUCUGAGCAGUCCAAGGACACGCUUCGGGUCUCCUUCGAGCACCUCAUCUCGAGCGAUACCAGCAACUCCAGCAGCGGCGAGGAUAGUAACAGAGGCAGCGGCGGGGAAGAAGUCGCGAGAUGUACUUCAAACAGAUCAUUCCAGCCAACCGCGACCUUCAUGAAGGCAAAGACCCGGUCCCGUUUGAUAGACCCACAGCCAGAGGAGUAUGAUAGGAGAUCGGGCCAAAUGUCGGGAAGGGUGCUGUGGUCUGGCCAGUUCAGGUCAGGUGGGCUUGGAAAGCCCGGGGGAGGGGACGAGGACGAGGACGACCUGUUCCUGGAGGAAGACAUGCCUGAGGAGUACAAGAAGGCGAAAUUCAACACCCUCACCCUGCUUCAAUGGGUGAGCCUCAUCCUGAUAAUUGCCCUUCUAAUAGUCACCCUUGCGGUCCCGACCCUCAAGCGCAGACACAUAUGGAAACUCCAGCUCUGGAAGUGGGAGGUGGUGAUCUUGGUCUUGAUCUGCGGAAGGCUAGUGUCGGGUUGGGGGAUCAAACUAAUAGUCUUUUUCAUUGAGAGGAACUUCGUGCUUCGGAAGAAGCUGCUGUACUUCGUGUACGGGGUCCGCAAGGCCGUGCAGAACUGCCUGUGGCUAGGCCUGGUCGUGAUAGCAUGGGAAAGCUUGUUAGACAAGAAAGUCGAGAAGGAGACCAAUGAUAGGAAGUUGCGUUAUGUGACUCGGGUCCUGCUGUGCCUCAUGGUCGGGUUCAUCCUCUGGCUCAUCAAGACCCUGAUCAUCAAGGUGCUCGCGUCCUCGUUCCAUGUCAGCACGUACUUUGAUCGGAUCCAGGAGUCGCUGUUCAGCCAGUUCGUGAUCGAGACACUGUCAGGUCUGCCACAGGUAGAGAUUGAGGAGGAUAGGAAGAUGGCUGCUGAGAUCCAUACCUUGCAGGAAUCGGGUGCAACAGUGCCCUUGGAGUUUAGGGCAGCCGGCUUCCCCCCGACCAAGAGUGGGCGGAUGAGGAGCCCCAGUGUGACCAAGAGUGUGAGGCACUCUCCUUCUUGCACACCCUCGAGGAGGGUGGACGAUAUUGAUGGUAUUCAGAUCAACCAUAUCCAUAAGCUCAAUCAGAAGAAUGUAUCCGCCUGGAAGAUGAAGAGGCUGAUGAAGAUCGUUAGGCACGGGGUCCUCUCGACCUUGGGAGAGCAGAUCAACAACACCACCGAUGAGGAUGAGUCGGCGCACUUGAUCAGGAGCGAGAAUGAGGCCAAGGCAGCCGCUAGGAAAAUCUUCCAGAACGUAGCCAAGCCCCGCGCAAAGUACAUCUAUCUAGACGACCUGAUGCGAUUCAUGACAGAGGAUGAAGCUUUAAGAACAAUGUAUCUAUGCGAAGGAGCAGCUGAAACCAAGAGAAUCAGCAAGCGAUGCCUGAAAAACUGGCUGGUUGGCGCUUUCAGAGACAGGAAAGCCCUUGCCCUGACACUGAACGACACGAAAACGGCCGUGGACAAGCUUCACCGUGUGGCAAAUGUCAUCGCUGGUAUCAUUAUAUUGGUCAUCUGGCUCCUUAUAUUGGGGAUUGCCACAAGCAAGUCCCUCGUAUAUCUCACAUCGGAGCUCCUGCUCGUGGCAUUCAUAUUUGGGAACACUUGCAAGACAAUAUUCGAGUCCAUCAUCUUCUUGUUCGUGAUGCAUCCGUUCGAUGUUGGGGACAGGUGUGAGGUUGAUGGGGUUCAGAUGAUCGUGGAAGAAAUGGACAUUAUGACAACCAUAUUUCUGAGAUAUGAUAACCAGAAGAUUAUGUACCCGAACAGUGUUCUCUCUCAGAAGGCCAUCGGCAACUACUAUCGAAGUCCCGACAUGGGAGAUGCAGUCGAGUUCUAUGUCCACUUAUCGACUCCUGCAGAGAAAAUCGCUCUUAUGAAGCAGAAGAUCAUCAAUUACAUCGAAUGCAAGAAGGAGCACUGGAGUUCUUCGCCGAUGGUGAUAUUCAAAGACGUGGAAGACUUGAAUCGGGUGAAGAUAGCCGUGUGGCUCAGCCACAAGAUGAACCACCAGAACAUGGGAGAGAGGUGGGCACGGCGGGCGCUCUUACUAGAAGAAAUGGUAAAGAUAAUGAAGGAGCUCGAUAUCCAGUACCGGAUGCUCCCUCUCGACAUCAAUGUUCGGUCUCUGCCUCCAGCCACCACCUCCCGUCUUCCCCCAACCUGGGUAGGAAAUAACUAAGACACGAGCAGCGCAGAAGAGAAGAAGAAAAACCCAGCGAGCUGGGUCUGAGGAAAGGUUCGGCUUUUUGCUCCCCGGCAAAUAGUGAAAUAUCAAGAGCUCGGCCUGAGUUUCUUCUUCCUCUUCUCCUGUUGCUUCCUGUACAAUGUCAUGUACUUAGCAGUAUGCCGCCAGGCGCCAGCCGAUUAGUUCAGAUGGCCUUUCGAUGGCUUUUGCAGCUCGGCAUCGCCGAGACAUCACCCUGCACCGGAAUAAUGAUGCAAGGAGCAAUUUUGUUUGUCAAUUUCAAGAUUUGAAUGUAGAUAUAUACCUGCAGUGACGGCGCGUGUUAUAGAAGAUUAUAAUCAACCAAUAAAGGAAUAGGAAAGCAAGCAUUGUAUGGUCACUAUUUGAGUUAUAGCCUCUUGUUACAAGCUAGAAUACUAUACACCGGUUCUCAUA